GAUAGAUUGAUCGAUCUAUAUGGGGACAGACAGACGGGGGAUCUGGAGGACGGGCGACUAGGCAGACAGACUCUGCCGGCCGAGUGACAUCUCCUCUCCUGCCGUCGGAUCCAGCCCCGUGUCCAGCCCCCCAGCCAUGGACCCCCCCUCCAACGUGUCGUCCCCCUCCAACGGCUCGCUGGUGGGUGGGCUGCCGGAGGCGGCAGGGCUGAGCCUGCUGGGGGCGGCCGGGGCGGCCGGGAACCUGUACACGCUGGCAGUGGCGCGGGCUGGGGCCGUCCCCUCCCCGCUUCACAUCCACAUCGUCCACCUGGCGCUGGCCGACCUGCUGUACCUGGCCGGGGUGCCCUUCGUCGUGCACAACGGGCUGGCGCGGGACUGGUGCUUCGGCGAGGCCGGCUGUCGGGCCCUGCUCAGCCUGGACCUGCUCACCAUGCACGCCAGCAUCUUUCUGCUCACCCUGCUGAGCACCGAGCGGUGCCGGGCCGUGCGGCGCCCCUUCCGGGCCGCUCGCCGCUCCCCCGCCCGCCGCCAGGCCCUGGCCGGGGCCGCCUGGGCCUCCGCCUUCGCCUUGGCGCUGCCCAUGAUGCUGAUGGUGCGGCAGGAGGAGCGGGCGGCGGACGACGGCCGGGUGCGGCGGCUCUGCGUGCCCACCUGGCACGAGGCCCAGUACAAAACCUACCUGACCGUGCUCUUUGUCACCAGCAUGGUGGGGCCUGGGCUGGCACUCGGGUACCUCUACGGGCGGCUGGCGUGGGCCUACUGGCUCUCACAGAGCCAGGGGGUGCUGGGCCCCCGGCGGGGGCCAAAGCAGCGGGUCUUCUUCCUAAUUUUCCUCAUCGUCGUGGCCUUCUGGGCCUGCUUCCUGCCCUUCUGGCUCUGGCAGCUGGUGCCUCUCUACAGCCCGGGCAUGGCUGCCCACCUGCCCGUGGCCACCGAGAUCUACAUCAACCACCUGGUCACCUGCCUGACCUACAGCAACAGCUGCAUCAACCCCUUCCUCUACACGCUGCUGACCCGCAGCUACCGUGACUACUGGCGGGUGCGACGGGCCGGGCGCAGGGCAGCGCCGCGGGCACAGGACGCGGGGCGCUGAGCAGCCAACAGACCUCCACAGGAGCGGCGCCCCCCUGUGGCAAGCCCUGGACACGGCCCUACCUCACCCACUGCCCCAUGAGGACGAUGCAUCAGCCCCCAGCGACCCCUCGACCCCACGCAGCCGGGACCGGAGGAAAAAGGAAUAGGCCCAGCAAGAAACAAGGCGCCAGGACUCCUGGGUUCUCCGCAGCCAGCUGCACUGGGAGGGAAGGUGGGGGCAGGUCUCCUGGGUUCUCCGCAGCCAACUGCGCUGGGAGGGAAGGUGGGGGCAGGACUCCUGGGUUCUCACCCCGGCUCUGGAAGGUGUUGGACCUCUGUGGUACCUUUGGGGACCCCUGUAUGAAAUGGAUGUAGGGGGGGUUCUAUGCCGGGGGGAGGUAACCAGAACCCCUCAGGCACUACCACAGUGGGGGGUCCAUGCUCCCUGUGCCCAGCUCCAGGGAUGUUCUGCCCGCGAGGGAGGUGCCACAAGCCGGCACCGCGUCUGCCUUUGUGGUCCUCAAAGAGAGACACCCCUCCGGGUCCCUCCCCCAGCUGUGCCAGCCCCACCCUGGGCCCACGGAGCUGGGCAUGAGCCCUGCAGUGCCCAGGGGCUCCAGUGGCUUCGCCCUUGGCCUUGCCAGGCUGGUCCUGCUCUGCUGGGCGACGGGCUGUGGCUGGCACCAGCCUCCUGCCAGACAGCAAAACCCAGGCACGAGCACAAGGGUUUUGGGGGGGGAGGGAGCAUUGUGAGCCAGGACUCCUGGGUUCUCUCCCUGGC